GAGGAAGAUGAAGCUGAAGGCUGCAAGGCAGAGAGAUCGUGUUAAAAAAAUGUUCAGUGUAAAGAAAUUGAAUGGCUCAGGUUCUGCUGAUUAAUUCAUUCUAAGCCACUGCUUCUUCCUUUCUUCAUCAGAAUCGAAAUCCCCCAAUUCCCAGACCUGACUGUCUUGUCUUCGCUCUCGAUAAUAUAUUCUCACGAGCUCUCAGCCUCAGCAGAACAUCGUCGAAAACCGGAUCUUUUGCUGGAAAUCAUGCAGAAAGAGAGGAAGAUCCGAAAGACAGCGGAAGAGGGAGAUGGAGAAAGAAGAAGGAUUCUAUAGGUUUAGUAUUUUCCCUGCUAUCACUCACCCCGCCGGUGUUGUGGAUGGUUAAUUGAUAGCUCGGCGAUGAUGAUGAUAGUUGCCUUUAGUAGUUGCUGGCACAUCAGCUCGCUACUCGUUGUCACUAACUUACACGAUCACCUCAGGGACUGGCGUGUCGAUCCUUCCUUUUGUGUCAUAGUGAGCUUUGAUGUAAAACUCAAUGUUGUAAUGAAAACAAUUUAAUAAGUAGGAUGAUCAAAAUAGAACUUCUCACAGAAUUGGGAUUGACCCACCUGCAUCAGCAAAAAAGUUACAGCAAAAUUUCCAGAUUGUCUUCCGUCAUCAGCAUCUUCUUCUAUUUGAACUCGUUGUGCAGAGUGCAAAUCAGUUCCAGAAUUUGAAGGAAUCCAGAAACCUUGUAUGUUGAAAGAAGUGAUGGAUGAGCCUCAUUCUGUCAAUAGUCCUAGAAGGAUCCUUAGCUUUUCAAAGAGGAGGAGGGCCUCUGUUUCCUUUCUAGAUCCUCAUGACAAGGCUUCUGGGGUCGGAUUGUCUGGAGAACAUGGCCCAAAGCCGUCUGAAGUCUAUGGAUUUGUAGGGUCAAUCACAACAGUUGUUGCUACAGUUAUUUUCUUGGUUUGGGCGUAUGUUCCUGAGCAUUUGCUACAUUCAGUUGGAAUCUUUUACUAUCCUAGCAGGUACUGGGCAUUGGCGGUGCCAACAUAUGGUAUGGUUACUGUAAUAUUAGCAUUGGUAUUCUAUGUUGGCCUCAGCUUCAUGUCAACUCCUCCUCCAACAUCAAUAAAUACUUUUUUGGAUGAAUUCAGUAGAGAACCGGCAGACUUUAUUCCAUCUACAGAGGAAGAUGAGUCACCCAUUGAGCCGAUAUCUGAUAUUAGCAUCUUCAGAGUCAAUGAUCUCAUGUUUAAUGAUAAAAAAUGACACAGCACCCAUGGAUACUCUGCCUUUGCCUAUAUUUUCUUGAAGAAAAUGUGUUCUGUCGGCACUGAGUAGAGAUUUUUAAAAGAACUUGAACGCAAAUAAUGUCAAGUCCGCAUGUGAUUGAUCAGGUAAGUAUAGUCGGCCCUAUAACUGUCGACACGACACUACUUGAGACGAGCACGAAUGCUUGUGUUUAGGAACAAAGAAGAGGAAAAAAAGCGAGAAAUAGAGGAACAGAAAAAACAGACAAGGAAAGAAAUAAUUGAUAUUCCCCCUUAUUUUUGGUGUAAAAUUUUCAGCUACUUAUAUCAAUUUCUGUUCUGGAUAAAAAUCAAUUUACGAACUAUAAACAACAAAUGAUCAUUUGUCAAGUUCUUUGAUUGUUCAGGUUUUCUUUCUAUUUGAUCCACAA